AUGGUCAGUUACCGACCAUCCAGUGAAAGUAGUUUCAUCAGUAUAAAAACCGAGGAAUCGAUGACACCUAGCACACUCAGGUUCAUCUCCUCUACUACGUUCACUAUGAAGACAUUCCUAGUCUUGCUGCUGGCCGUCUCCGUGUUUGCCGGAGAUGCACCAGCAACAGAGAAGAAACACGCUAAACGCGGUCUUCUGCACGGCGCGGGAUCGUUAUACGCGGGCGGGUACGGUGGCUACGCGCCGGGCAUCAUCGGUCACGGAUACGGCCACGGAUACGGCCACGGAUACGGCCACGGAUACGGUCACGGAAUCGGAUCUGGAUUCAUACAUCACGGAGGAUACGGAGGAUACGGAGGCUUCGGCGGCAUCCAUCUGGGAUACGGACACGGACACGGACACGGAUUACCGCAUUUCCAUCCUCCGACGCACGUGGUGAAUCGCGUGGUGCACGUGCCGGUGCCGGUACCCCAUCCCGUUCCCGUGACGCGCAAGGUCCCCGUGCCAGUGCCACAUCCAGUGCCCGUGGAGGUAAAGCGCCCCGUGCCCGUUCCAGUGCCUCAUCCAGUGCCGGUAAUUAUCACCAAGGCUGUACCCGUGAGCGUGCCGCGUCCGGUCCCAGUGCCAGUGCCUCAUCCUGUCCACGUGCCCCAUCCAGUCCCGCAACCAAUUCCGGUUCCACAGCCAGUUCCGGUACCAGUUCCCGCGCCCGUCCCCGCCCCGUACCCGAUCCACGACUCGUAUCCCGGCCCGUUGGUUCCUGAACCGAUCACACCCAUAGCUCCCGGCUUCGGCCAUGAUUUCCACGGACACGGCCAUGAUUUCCACGGACACGGCCAUGAUUUCCAUGGACACGGCCACGAAAUCGGUGGUAUUCUACACCAUGACCACCACGGCUUCGGGUCGGACAUCCACUUGGACGCGCACGCCGAAGCUGAAGGAUACUCGUAUCCGAUACCAGCGAAGAAAUUCUUGUAAGUCGCGCAAUUGUCCGCGAGAUACGUUUUGCAAGCAACAUCUCGAUUUGCACGCGAUACAUCUGUCGUUUUCGAAUAGCCCGGAUACAGCGCGUGGCUGGCUCGCAGUUACGCCGCAUAUAUUUGUCCCGUGUUUCACUUGAUAUUUAUGGAUUCUCGCACGCAGCAACGACGGCGACGGCUGCAACGGUAACGGCAGCGGAAUGUCCGCGAGGUCGCGACCUCCAUUAAAAUAUAUGUAUAUCAGCAUUUACUUUCGCGCGCUCAACGGUGACGAGGGAAAGAGAGAGUGAUGCGUUUCGAGGGCGUGAAAGUAACGCGAUACUAAGGCCAGGAAGAUGAAUAAUCUUGUAGGGUGUGUGAUGGAGAUGCGAAAUAUGAGAGAAUCUAUUCAAUACUUCCUGUUAUGAUAAUACGGCACACACAAGGCAGAAGAGAACCACUGACAAUUCUUUCAAGAUGUAUCGUUUACAUGUUUACAGCUAGAUCAUGUUGCCCGACGAAACAAUACGAUCAAACUCGCGGAAUUGUAACUAUAUUUAUUUGUCUAUUAAAGCAUAAAGAUGUACAAAAGAUCCGCGUCUCACAUUGGAGACAUUAUAUUUUUGUAAAAGAGAAAAUAUAUCCUGGGUUAUUUGAUUUGUUAAUUUAAA